GGACUUUGGAGGUUUUGCCGCUCGAAGCCCUCCAGUUGCUGCAGAGGCUCUUCUCUCUUAUUUGAUCCGAAUCGUCGAGAGCCAUUCUUCCCCUUUCCUUCUCCACCCGAUACCCUCCGAGUUUUGUUGCCGACCGAAGGCAGAGCAUAAACAGCACUAACAAUGGCGGGCCUCGUUCCUCCCCCUCCAACCGCGGCUGAUACGAUUCCGAAGCCGAAAGAGGAUGAGAAAGUGGAUUACUUGAAUCUUCCUUGCCCUAUUCCCUAUGAGGAGAUCCACCGUGAAGCUCUCAUGUCUUUAAAGCCUGAACUGUUUGAAGGGAUGCGCUUCGAUUUUACUAAAGGACUCAAUCAGAGAUUCUCACUCAGUCACAGCGUGUUCAUGGGACCUACGGAGAUUCCUUCACAAUCUCCUGAAACUAUUAAAAUUCCCACUGCUCACUAUGAGUUUGGUGCCAACUUUAUAGAUCCAAAGUUGAUGCUUUUUGGGAGAAUGAUGACUGAUGGAAGGCUUAAUGCAAGAGUAAAGUGCGAUUUAUCUGAGAAUCUUACGUUGAAGGCCAAUUCUCAGCUUACCAAUGAGCCUCACAUGUCACAUGGCAUGGUCAAUUUUGAUUACAAGGGCAAAGAUUACAGGUCACAGUUUCAACUAGGAAAUGGUGCAUUGUUUGGAGCAAACUACAUUCAGAGCGUGACGCCCCAUCUGGCUUUGGGUGGUGAAGUGUUCUGGGCUGGUCAGCAUCGGAAGUCUGGUAUUGGCUAUGCUGCUCGGUAUAACACAGACAAGAUGGUUGCCACAGGGCAAGUCGCUAGUACCGGAAUGGUUGCUCUUAGCUAUGUACAAAAGGUGUCUGAUAAGGUUUCUCUUGCAUCAGAUUUCAUGUACAACUACAUGUCAAGAGAUGUCACGGCUAGUUUUGGUUAUGAUUACAUUCUUCGACAGUGCCGUCUUAGAGGAAAGAUUGAUUCCAAUGGCACCGUAGCUGCAUUUUUGGAAGAGCGACUAAAUAUGGGUCUUAAUUUUGUUCUUUCUGCAGAGAUUGAUCACAGAAAGAAAGACUACAAAUUCGGGUUUGGAUUGACUGUCGGGGAGUAAAGUGCAGUACCAAUGCUGUUUCGUCAUUCUUGCGGGCAAGGUAUCUCUUUAUUUUUCCAUUCGAGUUGAACUAGAGAUCCCUGUAUACUUAAUCCCGGGUAACAUUAUCACAGGGUGGGAUCAGUUGAGCCCGUUUUAGUGGCCGGUGUCUGUUUGGAGUCCCCUUUAUUUCAGUUAAGAGUUGUAGAAUAAGAUUUCUAAAUAAUUCAAAUUGUAUUUAUAAUCACAACAUUAACCUUUGUUCGAAAAAAGAAACUUUAUUUCUUGAACGAA